GGGGAAGGAGAGGAUCCAAUUCCAUACUACAGCGGGGAGCAAAUUGGGAUGAUAACGGAGAGACAGACAAGGAGACAAAUCCAUAUGUUGUCUCAGAAGUCAGAAACAACAAUAGUAGUAGUAAAAACCAAAACAUACAAAACAAAACACUCUCAUCGCAAACGUUAAUUUGAAACGUUAAUAUCUUUCUAUUCACAUCAAAAUCUCAAGGUUUUCUACAAAAAUGGCAGCUUGUGUAUUCACCGUUUCACAAGACGGUUCCGGAGAUUUUCAAACGGUGCAAGAAGCAAUCGACGCCGUACCUUUCGGUAACACACGACGGACUGUGAUCCGGGUUUCUCCCGGAAUUUACCGGCAACCGGUGUACGUUGCUAAAACUAAGAAUUUCAUCACUCUUGCUGGGUUGGGUCCUGAGGAUACUGUGCUUACUUGGAAUAACACUGCCACCAAAAUCGAACACCAUCAACCUGCUAGGGUGAUUGGGACUGGGACUUUUGGUUGUGGAACUGCCAUUGUGGAAGGAGAGGACUUCAUUGCAGAUAACAUUACUUUUGAGAAUUCGUCCCCCCAGGGUUCAGGACAGGCGGUGGCAAUUAGAGUAACAGCAGAUCGUUGUGCCUUCUAUAAUUGCAGGUUCCUUGGAUGGCAGGACACACUGUAUUUACAUUACGGUAAACAAUAUUUGAAAGAUUGCUAUAUUGAAGGAAGCGUGGACUUCAUCUUUGGCAAUAGCACUGCCCUUUUGGAGCACUGUCAUAUACACUGCAAGAGUGAAGGGUUCAUAACCGCACAGGGUAGAAAAUCAUCACAGGAAUCAACUGGUUAUGUAUUCUUGAGAUGUGUUAUCACAGGUAAUGGAGGAAAUUCAUAUGCGUAUCUUGGACGACCGUGGGGACCUUUUGGAAGGGUGGUCUUUGCAUACACUUACAUGGAUCCAUGUAUUAGACAAGUUGGUUGGGAUAACUGGGGGAAAGUAGAGAAUGAGAGGAGUGCUUGCUUUUACGAAUACAGGUGUUUUGGACCUGGUUGCUGUCCAACCGAUCGAGUAACAUGGUGUAGAGAAUUGGUGGAUGAAGAAGCAGAGCAAUUCAUCAUGCAUCCAUUCAUUGAUCCAGAACCAGAUAGAUCUUGGCUUGCUCAAAGAAUGGGCUUGAGGGUUCCAUAUUCUGCUUAGAAAAUAUGUGGACACACGUGACUAUUCCACGCAGUCAAUUACUUGAGAGAAUCCAUCCAUUCGGCUUAGAAAUGUCUUCUCUAUCCGACGAAGAAAGUAAGUCUUUGUAUGUGUGAAACACUUGUGAUGAAUCGGAAAUGCUAGAUGGUGCCUUUUGCAUACAUGAAUAAAAAUACAUUUGCUUAAAAUCUCUCUGCGCAACGUUGUGUGGUAGCGAGUGUUUGGACAUCAAAAAUCAACAAAAAAAUGUCUAGUGUUACAAAGACGGGCAAAGAAAGUUUAUUGUAAAUACUAAAUACAAAAAGUUACGUUGGUCAAGUGGUGUUAUAAUAUCUUAUAACAUCUUGAUAUUAUCAGAUGUUAUUAAAGUAGCGAAUUCAACUGUUUCACAGGUUCUUUUGCUGUUGUUUGCAUGUUUUUGUGGGCGUUGUGCAUUUUUAGUAUGCAUUUUUGUUGGUCCUUGCGACUCUGGCUAUCUGGUCGAUGCAUUCGUCAAUGUCAUUUUAACUAGUUAGACUCAUAGUUUGUUUGGAACUGCAUCAAGCCUGUGGACUACACUUUCAAGGGUUUCUUCCGUUCUUUGAGCA